AUGGGGGGCGAGACGUCUUCUCGUGCUACAUCGUCCUACCCAAGACUCAGCGCCCAUCCCGUGGGACAAAAGAUUCAGAGCAUCUAUACCGAUCGCUUACGGCAAUUCACAUCUGGCGGCCAAUACGAGAAGGAGAAUCUCCUCGACAAGCUCUACCACAAUGUUUGCGACGACGAAGAGCAUGUGAAGCUCUCCGUCUACUCUCCACCCAACCUCUCCAGACCUACUUUUCAGGAUGCCACCUCCCAUGCCUUUCGUCCAACACAUCGUGGUGAAUCCUUCGGACCCGCGUGGGCGACCCAUUGGUUCAAGAUUCAAAUCACUGUGCCGAAACACAUGCUGGAUGGGGAACAUCUAGAGUUCCACUGGGAUGCAAACAAUGAAGGCAUGGUAUGGACGGAGGAUGGAAACCCUCUACAAGGCCUAACUGGUGGAGAUCGGGUUGAAUGGAUUCUACCGACCAGUUGGCGGGAUGGGAAAGAGCACGUCUUCUACAUUGAGAUGGCGUGCAACGGCAUGUUUGGCAAUGCACCGGGAGGUGACAGCAUUCAACCCCCGGACCCAAACAAGUACUACAUGCUUUGGAAGGCGCAGAUUGUGGAUGUCAAUCUGGCCGCUCGUCAGCUGUACGUCGACUUUUGGAUCAUCGGCGACGCUGCUCGAGAAUUUCCUGGUGACAGCUGGGAAAAGCACGAAGCCUUACAGGUCUGCAAUCAGAUCAUGGAUGCGUUCAUCGCCGGUAACGGAUCCGCUGCUUCGAUUGCAAAGGGCCGUGAGAUCGCCCAAAAAUAUAUCGGGAAGAAGGUCGAUUCAGCCAAGGUCUAUGACUCCGAUGAGAAAAGCAUCGUGUACGGCAUUGGACACUGCCACAUUGAUACGUGUUGGCUGUGGCCGUGGGCAGAGACCAAGCGUAAAGUUGCACGAAGCUGGUCCAACCAGUGUGACUUGAUGGAUCGAUACCCAGAACACCGGUUCGCGUGCAGUCAGGCACAGCAGUACAAGUGGCUGAAGAUGUACUAUCCCUACGUCUUCGACCGGGUCAAAGCCAAGGUCAAGGAAGGGAGAUUCCAUCCCAUCGGUGGCAGCUGGGUCGAGCACGACACGAAUAUGCCCAGCGGCGAAUCCUUGGUCAGGCAAUUUCUGUACGGCCAGCGGUUCUUCGAAAGCAACUUUGGUGAAAGGUGUCAGACUUUCUGGCUUCCCGACACGUUCGGUUAUUCUGCUCAGCUUCCGCAAAUAUGCCGUCUUGCAGGCAUGACACGCUUCUUCACUCAAAAGCUCAGCUGGAACAAUAUCAACAACUUCCCGCACACGACGUUCAACUGGGUGAGUUUGGAUGGAAGCCAGGUCAUCUGCCACAUGGCUCCCAGUGAGACAUACACGGCUGAUGCAAACUUUGGAGACGUCAGAAGGAGCGUCACGCAACAUAAAAGCAUGGACCAGGACAACACAUCGCUGCUCGUCUUUGGCAAGGGCGACGGCGGAGGUGGGCCCACCUGGUCAAUGCUGGAGAAGUUAAGGAGAUGCCGUGGCAUGAGCGACACGGUGGGACUUCUCCCUCGUGUGCACAUGGGAAAUUCGGUGGACGAUUUUUAUGCAAACCUGGAGAAGAAGGUUGCGGAAGGUACCGAGCUCGUCACAUGGUACGGCGAGCUCUACUUUGAACUGCAUCGCGGCACGUACACGACACAAGCCAACAACAAGCUCAACAAUCGGAAGCAGGAGAUUAUGUUGCACGAUGUCGAAUAUCUGGCAACUUUGGCCAGCCUGAAGAGCAAGAGCUACAAGUAUCCCAAAAAGGAGAUCGAUGAGAUGUGGGAGAAUGUACUUCUUUGCCAGUUUCACGACUGCUUGCCUGGCAGCUCCAUCGAGAUGUGCUAUGACGACUCGAACGCCCUUUACGCCCACAACGCCAAACUGGGAGAGAAGGUGAAAGAGGAGGCUCUGACGGUUUUGGGACUGUCCCAGCACCUCAAAGCCAACGCGGAGCUUGCGGCCGUCAACACCGCUCCCUGGAAACGUUCGGAGCUGGUGAGGAUCCCGCAUGCCACCGCCAAGUCGCAGGAACAGAAGUACACAUACGUAUCCGGCGGGCCGGGUGUAUGUAAGACGCACGCGGCGUCGGCGAUUCAAUCGACGGCCUCGGUUGAGGAAGUGCGGAAGGGGGUCUUUGUCUUGAAAAACAGCUUGUUCCAGGCGGAAGUCGAGGCGGGUUGCAUCACAUCGUUGAUUGACCUGAGAGCUAAUCGAGAAGUGAUUGCCAAGGGCGGCAAGGGCAAUCAACUGGUGAUCUUUGACGACAAGCCGUUGUACUGGCAGGCCUGGGAUGUGGAGGUUUUCCAUCUCGAGUCCAGGAAAGAGCUCACGUCGGAAGCAUCCGAGAUUGUUGAACAUGGACCGUACCGGGUGAGCGUGGCGACCAAGACACAGGUGAGCAAGGACAGCUGGGUCAAGACCACGAUCAGUCUCGACGCAUGCGACAGCCAGACCCAAAUAGGGUACGUGCGGGUGGAAGCCGAAGUGGAAUGGCACGAGAACAUGAAGUUCUUGAAGGUCGAAUUUCCCGUGGACGUAGUCAACACGGAGGCCAACUACGAGACUCAAUACGGAAUCAUCCGCCGCCCGACACAUUACAACACGAGUUGGGAUAUGGCCAAGUUCGAAGUGUGCUGCCAUAAGUUUGCCGACCUCUCCGAGGCCAAUUAUGGUGUGUCAAUCCUGAACGACUCCAAGUAUGGGUUUGCGACAUGCGGCAAUCUCAUGCGGUUAUCACUGCUGCGGGCUCCCAAAGCACCCGAUGCGCACGCCGACAUGGGCCGUCACCACAUCAAGUGGGCCAUCAUGCCUCACCAAGGAGCGCUGGGCAGCGACACUGUCCGAGCGGCGUACAACUUCAACCAUCCGAUGACGCUGGUGUCGGUGGUGGACGCCCGACCUCCCAAGGAGCUCUUCAAUGCCGUGAGCGUUACAGGCGCGCCAUCCUUGGUGCUGGACUGCAUCAAGCGAGGAGAAGACGACGAGGACGUCUCCCGAGGAGAACUCACCCAGCGAAAGGGACAGAGUGUGAUACUAAGAGUUUACGAGAGCCUGGGCGGUAAGAGUCGCGGAGUGAUUGAGACGACCCUACCGGUCAAAAAGGUGUACGAGACCAACGUGUUGGAGGACGACGGCAAGCAACUAGACAUGUCCGGGAAGACCAAGAUCAGUAUCCCGAUUGAGUUGCGGCCGUUUGAGGUCAAGACAUUCCGGUUGCAGCUGUAG